CAAAAGAAGAAAAAGAAGAAGAAGAAGAAGAAAGCGGUUCAGCUUUGUUUACUUUAAAGAUGAAUGCUCAAUUACAUACAUUUUCUGAAAGCACUGGAUAUCUAGUUUAAAACCAGACACUAGAAUGUAAGAGACACACACACAAGACAUGGAGGAAUCGUGGGAUUUUGAGUUCUUGUCUCGGAUGGUUGACAGUCUGGUGUCCUUUCUGUCCGAAUUUGUGGACGAUUGGCUGGCCAACGACAUGAGAGUUGCAGUGUUUAAGAUACUGUUCACCUGGCUCAUCAUCAGUCUCGUAGCCAUCCACUUUGCCUGGAAAGUGUACGGGAACACUGUCAACGAUAUGUACUACAGACAGGGGACUGGAGGACAGAAUGGCGGCACUCCUGACACUUUGCCUCACCUGAGCGGAUGGGAAAGUGCAGCUGGUGAUGCCAUGAAAACCCACCGUGAGUGAUGUACCUGCAACUGGACUAAGAUCACAGACACAUAAGAUGGAGAAAGGCAAUUACAUUCCUUCAAAAGACUAAAUAAUUAUAACCUGUGCCACUGAAUCAGUUUUACUUGUGAAGAUGUCUGUGAUGAACUGUGUUGCAAAACUCAAGGUCCAAACACACAAAUAUAUGCUCUAAAAUACAAGACAGACUGGUGCUGUGCACGGGAAAGAAAGCAUUAAAGGAGCAGGCUGUGAUAUAUACAGUAUAGCAGCUCUUUUUUUCAGAAUGCUUUAAUUUAUUUGGAUUGUAUUGGAAGCUAGUAGAUAGCAAAACUUUAACCAUUCUCACACAGUAUCAUUUGACCAAAAACUGACAGGAAUACUACUCAGAAUGAAGGUCCCAAAUGUUCACAAAGUCAUCUGGUCUGUAUGUAGAAAUCCAACAUUUAAUUUCAGUGUUGUAAGAAAAUAGACUUGACUGUACAGAGAUAAGACAUCAAGUGUGCCUCUACCAUGCUUUCAGUCCAAGAGGUUACUGCUGUCUUUUUGCAGUGCAAAUAAAUACCAUUAUCUGAUUGUG